GAGAGAGAGAGAGAGAGUGUGUGUGUCGUUUUUUAGAGAGAGGGAGAGAGAGAGAGAGAAAGUGGAAGGAUCCUCGAAUUCUUGUGCUUCGAUGAGAAAGGGAUUUCGAUCUCGACGCGUGUAAGGGAUUGAUGAACUAUCUCUAGUGCAUCUCUUCUCCCUAGCUUAGGAAGACUUAUUCAAAUGUCAAUCUAGAAUGAAGUCUUGAGGAAGAGGCUAUCACGUCCUUCAUCCUGAUUUUGUAAACUUCUGCUUGAGUGUGAUCUUGGGGUUUAAUCCUGGCUUUCUCUGCCUACUGUAUUCUGUUACAGUGUAGAUGUCUUUCCGUAGUAUUGUUCGUGAUGUGCGAGAUGGCUUUGGGAGUUUAUCAAGAAGGAGUUUUGAGGUGAAGCUCUCGGGCCAUUACAGGGGGAAAUCCCAGGGAUCUGUGUAUGAACUGCAUGGUGAUCCACCUGUCGUCCAGCAUAGCCGAUGGGCUAAUAUUCCACCGGAGCUGCUUCGUGAUGUGAUUAAGAGGUUGGAAGCAAGCGAAGGCACAUGGCCUUCACGCAAGGAUGUUGUUGCUUGUGCUGCUGUCUGCAGAGCAUGGAGGGAGACAUGCAAAGAAAUUGUUAGAAGUCCUGAGUUAUCUGGAAAGCUCACGUUCCCCGUGUCCCUGAAACAGCCUGGGUCUCGAGAUGGAACCAUCCAAUGCUUCAUAAAGAGGGACAAGUCUAAAAUGACUUACCAUCUCUACCUGUGUCUUAGCCCUGCGGUACUCGUUGAGAAUGGAAAGUUCCUCCUAUCAGCCAAAAGAAACCGUCGCACUACUUGCACCGAGUACAUAAUCUCCAUGGAUGCUGACAACAUUUCAAGAUCAAGCAGCAACUACAUGGGCAAAUUGAGGUCAAAUUUCCUCGGUACAAAGUUCAUUGUUUACGACACCCAGCCCCCCUAUAAUGGCACUGCUGCCCUUUGCCCACCAGGGAGGUCAAGCCGCCGCUUCUACUCCAGAAAAGUUUCGCCAAAGGUGCCAUCGGGCAGCUACAGUAUAUCCGAGAUUGCCUAUGAGCUCAACGUUCUCGGCUCACGUGGCCCUCGCAGGAUGUAUUGUCUCAUGAGCUCCAUCCCUGCCUCAGCCCUAGAGCCUGGAGGCUCAGUCCCUGGCCAACCCGAACGCUUGCUUCCUUCAUCUCUCGACGACUCUUUUCGUUCCUCAUCUUCAGUGAUGUUUGAUCGAUCCAUGGAUUUCAGUAGCUCUCGCUUCUCUGACAUUGGAGGGAGCAGUUCAAUAGUCCGCGAGAACGGAGAGCAAUCAGAGAGGAAAGCAAAGCCACUGAUUUUGAAGAACAAAGCUCCGAGGUGGCACGAGCAGCUGCAGUGCUGGUGUUUGAACUUUAGGGGUCGGGUGACCGUUGCCUCGGUCAAGAACUUCCAGCUGAUUGCGUUGAGCGAGCAACCAGCUGCCGGAGCUCCAGUGCCUUCGUCGCAGCCUGCAGCUCCUCCACCGCCAGACCAUGAUAAGAUUUUACUGCAGUUUGGGAAGGUAGCAAAGGAUAUGUUCACUAUGGAUUACCGGUACCCGUUGUCUGCUUUCCAAGCGUUUGCUAUUUGCUUGAGCAGCUUUGACACCAAGUUGGCUUGUGAAUAGUUAUUGAUCAGUUUGGGUUACUUGUUGGAAUGUAAGGGCGGAAAGAAAAAUGUAUGUUGUUGUUUGCUGUUUGAUUUAUGUUGGGUUUUGCUGAAAUAUGUUGGAUCGGUUGUGUAUUCUGUGACUACGUUGUUCAGCUGUUCUCUCCUUGUAGGUGGUUGUGAAUGAUGAUGCGGUAGUGGAAAAAUCACUUUGGAGUUGAUUUUCUUUUGUGGUGUUGGUGGUGA